CAAUACUGGAAGAUCUCAUUCACUGUUCCUUGUUUCACUUUGACAUCAAGGCCUGCCUGCUUCGACGAGCUGAGGUGUUCCUCUCAUCCGCUCCACUGCUCUGAUUCUGAUCAUCUCAGUGUGGAUUUUUCUUGAGUAGCUUACUUCACACGGUACCCUCCACGAUGGGGCGAAAAGCUAUUGUAGCUGCUUGUUCCCUAAAUCAAUGGGCAAUGGAUUUCUUGGGAAACAUGAAGCGGAUAAUUGACAGUAUUGUAGAAGCUAAAGCCAAAGGUGCUCGCUUUCGUACUGGCCAGGAGCUUGAAGUCAGUGGGUACAGUUGCAGUGACCAUUUCUUUGAGAGUGACACGUACUUACACUCAUGGGAGGUGCUUGGUCGCAUCAUCUCGCACCCGAGUUGCCAGGACAUUCUCUGCGAUGUUGGCAUGCCCAUAAUGCACAAGAAUGUGGCCUACAACUGCAGGGUGUUUUUCGUGAACAAAAAAAUCUUGUUGAUCCGACCCAAGAUCAUGUUGUGCAACGAAGGCAACUACCGAGAGCCUCGGUGGUUCACUGGCUGGACCAAAUUGAAGGAGGUAGAGGACCACUACCUGCCUCGCAUGAUCCAGGAACACACAGGACAGAGGACUGUACCUUUUGGUGAUGCUGUUAUUUCUACUUACGACACAUGCAUUGGUGCUGAAAUCUGUGAAGAACUCUGGAAUCCCAAGUCUCGUCAUAUAGAGAUGGCGCUGGAUGGAGUGGAGAUCAUCGCAAACGGGAGCGCGUCAUACCAUGAGCUGCGGAAAAUGUACAUCAGGGUUGAUCUAGUCAGGGCCGCCUCCAUGAAGUCUGGAGGUGUGUACAUAUUCUGUAACGGCGUUGGUUGUGACGGAGAGAGGUGCUACUGGGACGGAGGAUCCAUGAUUGCCGUCAAUGGAAACAUCGUGUCUCGAGGGCCCCAGUUCUCUAUGGAUGAUGUGGCUGGGCCCGGCAUGUUGGCUAUGGGACUACCUCCGACGCAGCGGUCAGGGUGGCUACUUCCUGCCUCUGAGCGGCGGCAUCGACAGCUCCAGCACGGCCUGUGUCGUGGCCUCCAUGUGUCACCUGAUCUGCGACGCCGCGCAGGCCGGAAAUAAGACAAUCAUCUCGGACAUCCAGCGUAUCACGACGCAGGCGGACUACAUUCCCAGCGACCCGCGUGAGUUGGCCAGUCGUCUGUUCAUGACGUGCUACAUGGGCUCGGCAAACAGCUCGGCAGACACGAGGAACUGCGCUGCGGAACUGGCCGAUCAGAUCGGCAGCUACCACCUGGGGAUUGUCAUCGACAUUGCAGUGGAAGCUCUGCUCAAGAUUUUCUCUGCAACGUUCAACGUUGUCCCCAAGUUCAAAGCUCACGGGGGAAGCCUGAGAGAGAACCUAGCCAUGCAGAAUGUACAAGCCCGAGUGAGGAUGGUCCUGUCCUAUUUGUUUGCCCAGCUCAGCCUGUGGGCUCGUGGGAAGUCUGGAGGUCUCCUGGUGCUUGGCUCUGCCAAUGUUGAUGAAAGCCUGCGAGGUUAUAUGACCAAGUACGACUGUUCCAGCGCAGACGUCAAUCCCAUCGGGGGCAUCUCGAAGACAGACCUGCGUCGCUUUAUACAGCACUGCUCGCAGAAGUACAGAUACCAAGCUCUCGAUAAAAUCUACAAUGCUCCCCCGACCGCUGAGCUGGAGCCUCUAGAGGAGGGGAGGAUAGCACAGACAGAUGAGGAAGACAUGGGCAUGACGUACGACGAACUCUCCGUGUACGGGAAACUUAGGAAGCAAAACUUCUGUGGUCCGUACAGCAUGUUCUGUAAACUGCUCCACAUCAGCAGCGACGAGUGCCCGCCUGAUCAGAUUGCAGACAAAGUGAAACAUUUCUUCCGCUGCUACGCUGUCAACCGCCACAAGAUGACAGUGCUGACGCCGUCCUACCACUGCGAGUCGUACAGCCCCGACGACAACCGCUACGACCAGCGGCAGUUCCUCUACAACGCCAAAUGGCACUGGCAGUUUGCUCGAAUCGACGCAGAGGUCCAGAAGGCCAACGGUUCAAUCCUCCAGCUGAAGGCUAACGCUGUGGUUCCCAAGACGGAGUUCAACGGCAACAGCUCACAGAGCGCGACCUCCCCACAGCUGGGCAGCCUUAACUUGAGUCGGCAGAACUCGUCGGGUCCUCCGGGGGGCGUUCAGGUCCAGAUGUCGUCUGCCGGCUCUCCAAUGGUCAGGAACAGUAACUCUCCCAGGCUGGUGCGGGCCGGAGUGAAAGAAGAAACUGGCGUGUCUCACGUGGUGAUGUCGAGUCAGCCGAGCGGGCCUCCUCAGACGGCCCAGUACUCCGUCGUGGUGCGAGACCCCCAGAAGAGGCUGACGGUGGAGAGCCCUGAAGUGCUCGACGUGGACCCCGCCGACAAACGACCGCGCUACCAGCUGCGUGAGAUGGUGAAAGUGGAGUCGGAGGCAAGCGGCCGCUAGCGUGGGGGCCUUCGGAGGCUAUUGUGCGCUAAAAUAGGGUAGACAGAGGCAAUUGUGUGCUAAAGUGGAUUUAGAGACAAUCGUGUGUAAAAGUGGGGUAGAUGGAGGCAAUUGCGUGCGCUAAAGUGGGGUCAGAGGCAAUUGUGCACUAAAAUGGAUUAGGAGGCAAUUGCACGUUAAAGUGGGGUCGUCGGAGUCCAUCGCACUCUUAAGUAGGGUUUGAUGCAAUUGCGCACUAAAGUGGGGUCGGAGAAAAUUGUGCGCCAAAGUGGGGUUGGAGGCAAUCGCACAGUAAAAUGGGUUCAGAGGCAGUUGCGCACUAUAGCGGUGUCGGAGGAGGAAGUCAUGCUCUAAAGUGGGGUCGGAGGAGGAAAUCACGCUCUAAAGUGGGGUGGAUCAUGCAAAUCAAAUGGAUUCAGAGGCAAUCACCCCCUAAAGUCGGGUCGUCGGAGACAAUCCCGCACUAACGUACUCCUGGUUGUUAUCUGACAUAGGGACACUUUGAAAUAGGGCUAGGUGCUCCGGGUAAAGAAUUGGCACGUAGUCUCAGAUUGGAGCUACAUUAAAAAAUUCAGGGGGGGCCAACUGUCCCUGAAUUUCCUGGGACUGUCCAGGUUUUGGCAAUUGGAAAUUUGAGAGGAUACUACUACUUCUUACAUCACCGUGCGCCAAAACCAGUUCCCACCCGAUGUAAUUUUAUUCGUUGUUGUGUAAUUUGGUGUCUUAACAUUGAGUGCCUGUGGUUAGAUUUGGAAAAAGUUGGUAAGCCUGGAUUGUAGAACAUAAGGUAUUGGCAAACUGGCUUUAGGUAUAAUAUAUGAAUGAUUUGAUUCGCUUUGUGUGAUAAUAAUAUCCUGCCUUAGAUAUCAAUGUUGUAGAGGGGGGGGGGGGGGGGCUUAAUGCAACUGACUCUACUCUAGGAUAUGAAUGAGAUUUAACACAUUUUUUUACAGUCAAUUUGCCAGUAUGUGUGGUAUGAAUUCUCUUCAAGUUUUGCUUCUAAAUAUUUUGUUUCUCGCAGUACAUGAAUCCUCAAAUAUUUAGAUGUUUUUAUUGGAGUUUAGACGCACACAAAAAAAAGUUGAAAAGAAUGAAAUGAUGAAAUUGUUUUUUUGAAAUUUUGUUGUCAAAUCUGAGGUAUUUAUUGUAUGAACUUUAAUGUAUGGUAGUGCUGUGUUGGGUAAUAGUUAAUUUCGACCCUUCCCCCCGUUCUUGAAAGCGUCUUUGGGCAUGACGUCUUGGCGAUCUAAACGUGGCCCCUCGUAGAGUGGAGACCGGGCCUGAUGUUGGCACCAGGUCAAAUAAGUUCAGAAGGGCCAAAGUUUACUUUUAUCCUGUUUAGCACAUAAAAGAGUGGGAUUUUUUUGUAGAUUUGAAAUUAUUCAAAGAUUUUUUCCUUAUUGGUAUGAAAUCUGCUUCUGUUACUGUGUGCUGUCUAUAUGAUCCAAAAUGUUUGUGUUUAAAAGACAUUUUUAUAUGUGUACUCGUUUUUGAAAGUUUAAUUUUGAGCAAUUUUUUUUGGUACAAUGUAGACACUAAAAUAUCAUCAAAAUUUUGCAACCGUGUUUAGUAGGAGAUUGAGAUUUUUUUAACGUCUCUAUUUGCUUAAACAGAUUAGUAGAUGACAAUUUUUUUUCCCAAUUUGUUUGAUACAUGUUGUUUAGCUAACAAUCAUAUAAUGUGGUGUAUGACGUUAUGCACUCUGAUGUUUUGUGAUAGCUGAUAUCAAAGAUUUGACUUUCUUAAAAUGUUUAUAUUUUAGUUAUUGACUCUAUAGAGGUGUAUUGAUUUUGUACGUUAAUUAGUUUUGCGAUAAGAUUUUACGAAUAAAUGGAAGAGCUUUGAGUGAAGAGUCA